AUGGUAAAUUAUUGUUGUGUUGUUGGCUGCGGACGCAACAGUAAAAAUAAUAAACAAUUAAACUUCUAUAGCUUGCCAAAACAGCGGCGACGUCAGAAACAAUGGCUUAAAGCAGCCGGUAAAGAAGAUCUAUUAGAUCAAGAUAUGGAAAAUUUAAGAAAAAAGUUAAGAUUUUGUUCGAGGCACUUCACUGUUUCUAGUAUUAAGAAUAAACAUCUCAACGUCUAUGCAGUUCCAACUCUUAGGUUGCCAGGUUCUGCACCAGAACAAGAUGCUCUGCCAUCAGUACAUGAGGGUAUAUUUUGUAAUGUGUGUACGGAACGAAUCAUUGGAUUUCGCUAUAAGUGUGUCACAUGUGAUAAUUUUGAUAUUUGCCAAAAAUGUGAAAUGCUGGAAAUACAUGAAGAACACUAUAUGUUGCGAAUACCAAAGCCCUUGAAAUUUAAAUUAGCUGAAGACCUAAUAAGCCGAUGGCGUGAGAUAUUCCCAGAAGAUCAUCAAACAAAGCAAGGCUUUGAAGACAGUAAUUCAAGUGACGAUGAACCCAUAACUAAAUAUCUCAAAAAUGAAAACUUUAUAAAUCUAUCUCAAGAUGUCAAAUAUGAAAUCAAAGAUGAAAUUCAACGGGCUAUGAAGUCAUUACGAACAAAACGAGAUAAAGAAAAAAUGAAGACGAAGGAAACUGACAAUGUUACAAAUUUCAUUGAUAUUACUAAAUCUCUUACGCCUAUAAUCUCCACAGGAGAUAACAUAACGUUAACUGCAACUCAAGAGAGAGAUUUUAAGAAUGAACAUGUUCAAAAUACUGUAAUAGCUGAAAUACCGCCACAAUUGAUCUUUGCCGAUACUAGUGAAAUGAAAUAUGAAGAUGUUAAAAGUGAAACUAUGGCAUCUUUAUCUGUUGUUAAUACAAGCACAGUUGCAGGUCAAAUACAGCCCGUCAUUUAUUUGAAGCUAAAUGAUGUCCUCACAGAACUGAUGAUUACUCCUAGUGAUCAGAAUACUACUUCCAGUGAUAUCUUUCACAGCAAUUGA